UGGGGUAUGAAUCGGUUCUAGAUUAUUGUAGAUACUAGCAUCCAAGAAACACACUCCAACUAGCCAGGUGUUAAGCAAAACAUACAGCAUGAUCUCUCUACUUCUCCUCGCCGUUGCGGGUAUCUCCUCACAAGCAUCGGCCGCAUGCACCCGGGCCUUCCUCCAGGAAGUCACCGCAAGCUAUGUCGCAGCGCUUAGCUCCGGCGAGGGCCCGGCCGGCAUCUCGAACCUGGCACAAGACGACGUCAUCUACCAGGAGAACGACGCGGACAUGGACAUCGCCGAAGGCAUCUUAUCAGCCGCCAUCAAGAUCGAUUUCGAUCGCAGCAUCUACGACACGACCGAGUGCGCGUCGUACACCGAGAUCGUCGCCACGACGGGCCACCCAUACGUGAUCGGGACGCGCCUGGCGCUGAACGCGGACAACGAGAUCUUUCCUUGACCAGUCGAUCCCG